AAAUAGUGUAGUAUUAGGUAAAGAGGACGAAAUAAGAGGCAGAAAUUUUGUGGACAACAGGUAAUGGGCAUUUUACAACAAUUCCGAGCAGUCGCCGGGAAGCUUUUCAACCGGAGAAGUCAACAGAAACCAUCAGAUGAAUCAUAUGCUUCAGAAGGUUCGUACAGUAGUACCGAUGUUACAUCGGCGGUGACCAAAAUCAGUAGUCCCGUCAAGUAUGUCGGAGCUCAAUCAGAUGAGAAAAUUAGCAACAUUCUCUGCAAACUCCGUAAAUUUGCUAUAGUUUCUGCCGUUGACGAGUCUCUCAGAACCGUCGCUGGUGGGAGUAAAAUUGUAAAGGAAGGAUCAAAAGAUCAAUCGCCUUCACGUCCUAGACUUGACAAACAAGAAAUUACUGUUAUGAUGGAGGAGAUGCAAGCAAAGAUGGAGAAAUUUCAGGAUGACAUGAAUAGCAUAAAGCAGCAAACUGGAGUGUCAGCUAAAUGUGCAAAUGGAUUGGAUUCCCUUGAGUUCUCCGAUGAGCCUAUCAAGAGUUCAACGCCUGCAAAAUCUAAUAGGAAAAAGGUUUUCAUUCGUUCUCGGCUGUAGAAAGCAGUACCAAUCUUGGCAAUGAGGAAUCUUCACUUCUGUAAUUUUCAUGUGUUUUGCAUUGUAUCUGUGUAAUAUAUGUAUUAAUAUCUAUAUAGAAGUAUUGAACUGGUAUUCAGAUGUGCGAACUACAGCGUCCACUCCACUUCCCAACCAAUCAGACAUCCUGGGGUGUGCUAACAUUAUGCUCUAUUGCUCUGUGGUUCUUUCUAAAACUGUGCAUUCUCUCAAGUGUUUGGUUGCUUAACACCAUAACACAAUCGAUCAAACACCAUAUUAAUAUUUAUUUGUU